AUGGACGCUGGUCUUGUUGAAGUAGUCUUUUGUUCCAAAGAAAGUCCAGUUGCUUUUACUCUUUCUUUCUUCAUCUCUGGUAGAACAUACAUUCAUUUUUCUGUCUCUUUUUACAAACGGGAUAUCGUUUUCUCUCUCUCUCUCUCUUCGCUCUCUUUCUUUUCUCUCUCUCUUUCUCUCUCUCUUUCUGUCUCUGUCUGUCUGUCUGUCUGUCUUUCUCUCUCUCUCUCUCUCUCCCCCUCUCGGGAUUCCCAAGAAAACUUUUUCAAUCCCAACAUACAUUCAUUUUUCUGUCUCUUUUUACAAACGGGAUAUCGUUUUCUCUCUCUUUCUCUCUUUCUUUUCUCUUUCUUUCUUCUGUUGUCUUUCUUUCCUCCCAGCUUGGAUUUCCAAGAAAAACUUUUCAAUCCUGUUUUAAAAUGUCUUUCUUUUUUUUUCUUUUCUUUACUUCUUUUUCUUUUCUUUCCUUCUUACUUUCUUCUUUCAUUACUUUUUUCUUUCUUUUUUUUUUUUUCUUUCUUUUCUUUUUUUUAUUCUUUUUGCUUUUUCGUUUUUUUUUUUAGAAGAAACAUUCAUUUUUCUCUUUUUUUACAAACGGAUAUCGUUUCUCUCUUUCUCUUUUUUUUUUUUAGUCUUUCUGUCUCUGUCUGUCUGUCUGUCUGUUUUCUCUCUUCUCUCUCUCCCUCCCAGCUUGGCCGGAUUACUCCAAGAAAACUUUUCAAUCCUGUUUUAAUUUUUCUUUCUUUUUUUUUCUUUUCAAACGGAUUCUCUUUUCAUUUUCUCUCGUUUUUUUUUUUAGUAGAACAUACAUUCAUUUUCUCUCUCUCUUUUACAAACUAUUUUCUUUCUCUCUUUCUUUCUCUCUCUCUCUUUCUCUCUCUUUCUGUCUCUGUCUGUCUGUCUGUCUGUCUUUUCUCUCUCUCUCUCUCCCUCCCAGCUCGGCCGGAUUACUCCAAGAAAACUUUUCAAUCCCGUUUUAAAAAUGUCUUUCUUUUUUUCUUCUUUUCUUUAUCACUUCUUUCUUUCUUUCCUUCUUACUUUCUUUCCUUCAUUACUUUCUUUCUUUCUUUCUUUCUUUCUUUUUUUCUUUCUUUCUUUUUUUGUUAUUCUCUUUUUGCUUUUCUCCGUUUUUUUUUUAGUAGAACAUACAUUCAUUUUUCUGUCUCUUUUUACAAACGGGAUAUCGUUUCUCUCUCUCUCUCUCUCUUUCGCUCUCUUUCUUUCUCUCUCUCUCUUUCUCUCUCUUUCUGUCUCUGUCUGUCUGUCUGUCUGUCUUUCUCUCUCUCUCUCUCUCUCUCUCUCUCGGCUGGAUUUCUCCCAAGAAACUUUUUUCAAUCCUGUUUUAAAAUGUCUUUUCUUUUUUCUUUUUCUUUAUCACUUCUUUUCUUUCUUUCCUUCUCUUUCUUUCCUUCCUUUCUUUCUUUUCCUUUCUUUCUUUCUUUUUUUUUUUUCUUCUUUUUUUUUGUUCUCUCUUUUGCUUUUCUUUUUUUUUUUUUUAAGAAAAAUUCAUUUUUCUUUUUUCCAAACGGGAUUUUAAAAAUCUCUUUUUUUUUUUUUUCUUUUUUCUCUUUCUGUCUCUGUCUGUCAUCUGUUUUUUCUUUCUCUCUUCUUACAUUCGGAUUUUUCCUUUUCAAACGGGUUUUUUAUUUUUUUUUUUUUUUUUUCUUUUCUUUCUUUCUUUUUCUUUCUUUCUUUUCUUUUUUUUCUUUCUUUAUUUUUUAUUUUUUCUUUCUUUUUUUUUUUCUUUCUUUCUUUUUUUUAUUUCUUUUUGUUUUUUCGUUUUUUUUUUUUAGAACAUACAUUCAUUUUUCUGUUCUUUUUACAAACGGGAUAUCGUUUCUCUCUUCUUUUCUUUUUCUUUCUUUCUUUCUCUUCUUUCUUUCUUUUUGUUAUUUCUGUUUUUUCUCUUCUCUUUUUGUGGAUUACUCCAAGAAAACUUUUUCCUGUUUUAAAAAUUUCUUUUUUUUUUCUUUCCUUCAUUACUUUUUUUUUUUUUUUUUCUUUCUUUUUUUUGUUAUUCUCUUUUGCUUUUCUCCGUUUUUUUUUUUAGAACAUACAUUCUUUUUUCUGUCUCUUUUUACAAAACGGAUAUCGUUUCUCUCUCUCUCUUUCGCUCGCCCUCUCUCUCUCUCUCUUUCUUUCUGUCCUGUCUGUCUGUCUGUCUGA